CUUGUGGGAUGUGGGUUACUUUAUUUAAGACAUCCAAGAUUUUUACUCCAGGAAGACACUAAUAAUGGCCCAACGGUUGCGGCGCAUUUGGAAUCUUAAGUAGCCGUCGCGUGGAACCCUGAGUGGUAUAAAUACCUCGCGGUCUGCCUUCGAUUGUCAUCAGUCAGCUCUUUGCUUUCAAGUCAAUCCAAGCUUAGCUUCAAAUCAGAAAACCAAAAACCAUUAAGCCAUCAUGUUCAAAUACGCCGUUCUCAUCUCCGCCCUUAUCGCCUGUGCGGCUGCCAAGCCAGGAUUGCUUCACUCUCCUCUGGCAGCUCUUCCCGCUCCGGUGAUUGCUGCUCCCGCUCCUGUGGUCACUGCCGCCAGCAGCCAAGUCGUGGCUAGGACCUUCAAUGGCAUUGCCGCUGCUCCAGUGAUCGCCCAAGUUCCGGUGGCUCCUGCUCCAGUGCUGAGGACCUUAGCCGCUCCCCUAGCAGCUUCAUUCCGCGCUCCAGCUCCCGUUGCAUUCGCCGCUCCAUUGGCCGCUCCAUUGGCUGCUCCGUUGGCCGCUCCUCUUCCCGCUCCAGUGGCUGCUCCUCUGGCUGCUCCAAUCCUCAACAGAGUGGCUCCAUUUGGUGCCCCCAUUGCCACCCCCUUCGCUGCUCCGUACGCCCAUCCCUAUGCUGCGCCCGUUUUGGCCAAAUACGCUGCUCCACUGACUUACGCCCCAGCACCUUUGAACUAUGCCGCGCCCGCUUUGUGGUAGAGGAAAAAUCGCAUACCCCCGGGAUUAAGCAACCGUUUGUGUGUUCAAUGACUGAUAGCCCUUAAUAAAAUUCGU